CCAACUUCACAACGAUGUUUAAGUCAUUAGUUGUAGAAAAAAAACUAUGGGAACAACAUUUCAACAUUUUAUUUACAAAACGUCAUUCAUUAAUAUAUUACUAUUUUGUAUUUAUUGUCUUUUGUAAAAGUAAUAAAUUCAAUAGUAAUUCGUAUUGUAAAUCUUAUUUCUUUAGUUUUUAGAUAAAUUUAAAAUAUCGUUUAUGUGGAAGCAUAGAAAAUGUAAUGUUAUUGUGUAUUAUAGUGUAUGAAACUUUUUGAUAAAAAUAAAUAUUGAUAUAAAAAGUCGAUAAACACAAUACUGAAUAGCCCAGUUAUUCAUGUAAUUUACCUGUAGUCUUUGCAUAAUACAAAGGUUUUGUAUGAAAAGAAGUACUUUGGUUUAUCUAAUAUUUCGAUAAAUGUCUGUGGUACACAAUAAUUAUGUGCAUUAAAUAAUGGCAGCGCCGAAACCAAUAUACGCAACGGGUGUGACUGUUUUUGGUUUCAUUUGUUUAUUAUUGGGAUGUGUAGCACUGUUUCUACCUGUAUGGGGUCACUUCGAAGAUCGACAUGGCGGAUAUCAAGCCGAACGUGGCUAUUUUGGACCAUGGAAAGUAUGUAAAAAAUUGAACUACGGCCGCGAAAUAUGCGGUGAUCGUUUCCGAUUCCAAGUGUCAGGUGGUGUUUACGUCAGUGGCAUACUUUCUAUGAUAAGUUGUGCAAGCUUGGCUAUUUUCUCUAUCUUGUCAGUGAUUCAGUUAGCAAUGAUUACAUCGAGGGAUGAAGUUGUUCUCAAAUACAAAACAUGUGUAAUAUUGAAAUUAGCUCUUGCUAUAAUCACAGCUUUGCUAGCAUUGUCUGCCGCAAUUUUAUUCGCAAUAGAAAUAGAUAAUAUAAACGGAAGUUUCAUUGUGACCAGAGGGAUUUCAUUUUAUUUACAAAUAUUGUUGGUUAUUUUAUCGAUAGGAUUAGUUGUGGUGGCCUUAUAUGAUGUUAUAUUCACUUUUCGUGUAUCCGGUGAUCCGACAAAGAGUAUGGUAGUUGAUGUCAACGCAGUGUCAGCUACAACAAUCAACAACCCUGGUUACCGUGAAAGUAGAUCUGGAAUUUCAGUUACUGAUGCAUCUGGAAAACCCUAUGCCUCGCACACAAAUGGUCAUGGGAGCGUGCUCUCUAUGAACACAACUGUAACAAGUGUUUCGAAUGGUUCAACGCUCGAUGGAUCUGUUAGCAGAUCACCGUUAAGAUCAAGUCUGAAGAAACCACGUAAUCGCGACGCAUUGGGUAUACAGAAUCCCGGAUUUUCCGGAGCUAACUAUUCCCCACGAAUGAAUCGCACAGGUAGCGUGAAAAAAGUAAGAAUUCAAACACACAGCACAGAAGUUUAACUAGUGAGAGUAUAGGAAAUUGAAUAGGUAAAAAGACAAAAAUCACUUAUUUAGAGAAUUCGAAGCGUAUAGAUUUAUUCAAAUUUAUAUUAAGAGAAUAAUUUAAAAAAAAUGACCGAAAUGAGAGUAUUAUAUCAUUCAGGAUACAGAAGGAUUUCUAUGUAGAAUUAAAGACGCUACGGUAUUUUUACUGUACUACUCUUUAGUAUUAUUGGACGAUUUGAUAAGCAGGUUCUCAUUUUUAAUUAUGUGAACUAUUAGAAAAUUCAUCCCUUCUAUAGCUUGGAUCACUAUUCAUCUAAAAAAGUUUUCAAAAAUCAAACAACAUUCUCAUUUCGAACCUAUCAGUAGACAUAAUCAUACACAUAUCUGGUUUCUGAAUCUUUGCAAGUUUCAGAGAUUCAAUAAGAAGGCCCAAGGUUUCUAUGUGAUGUUUCCACAAUGUAAUGAAACAUUCAUAUGGCAAUCAAGCUGUAAGAUCAACCGAUAUCAAUCGCCCAAAAAAACGUUCAUGACUAAAGAAAAGAAGACCUUUGUCAAAGAUUUCUUUGUGAAAAAAAAUAUUUGUUUUUUUCUGAUUCAUUAUUCGAGUGCAAUAAAAGAGAGCGUCUUUUUCCGAGCGUAUUUAUAAAAUAAGAAAAAUUUGAUUCACGACAAAAAAAGUACACGCAUGUGGAUGACCCACAACCUAAUGAACAUUUUCUACAUUACAAGAAAUGGUUCACAAGUCCUAGACGGUUCUGACUCUGUUACUCUGAACUGUUUCGGUACACGUAGACGUCACCACAACUGCCCCAUUUUCUUACUUCGCCGUUCUGGCAUCGACACUUACAAGAUAUCCUAUCAUUUGGUCAAUAGGAAAGAACUCUUAAAAUUCAAAUCAUAUUUAUUGCGUAUGGGAAUAGUUUCUAUUGAAAAAAAAAGAUAUAGACGACUUUAUAAUAUCUCACCAAUAUCUCUUAACAAAAGCAAUCAUGUGCACACAUAUAUCUCUUAUUGGAGAUUUAUUGUGGUGUGGUCAUCUACACACACGAUAUAUUACUGAAUCUGUCCAGCAGUUCUACCAAUAUUGUAAAAUUUUAGUCAACUAAAAUUCAAGUAUUUAUAUUUCAUUACUGCAAAUAUUCGAAGUUGUCAGCAUAGUCUGCAAUUUCGCCACAAUCAUUCCAUUGUGUAUUAUUCCAUUUGACUACAAUGUUCAACCUGGCGACGCUUCUACAUAGCUCUCACGACCGUCGAAGCGUACAUAAAUCGUAACUCUUUUUAAUCAUAAGUGGAAUGUUAUUAAAUUGUUCCCCCUGUAUUCGAAUGUUCUUAAUGGGCCACGAAUUCACAUCGAAAGUAUGUCAAAAAAAGGGCGCAUGUCUCAAAUUUUUUACACAGUUGAGCCAUAAUAGCUUAACCUUUCUCCACCGAGAUGCAGAAGUUUCUGAUUUUUUUUUUGCAAUUUGUAUCUAUUAAUCUAUCUUAAAGUAUGGAUUUCAUCAAUUUUCAAUCAGAUUAGUAGGGGAAUUAUGUGUAGGUUGACCCGCACUAAUCAUUUUCGUCAUAACUUUUUAUGGAAUAAAGAUAAAUGCACACUUGAUAUACCAUUGGAAAGAGAGCCGAAAAAGCUACAAUUUGAUUAGGAAAUUCAUUAGCUAUGGUUGUAAAAACAAAAUAUUUCGGUCAAUUUUCUAAGAGGUCUGAUUUUUGGCAAAAAAUUUUUUCUUUGUAAGUUGACCCACCCUAUUUUUUCUAGAAAAACAUGCAGUAUAAACACUCAAUAUAUGAAAUUCAUUGAAUUUCGUUGGAUUUUCAAUCGUUUUUGGUCUGUACAACUACGAAAAACAAUGAAAAAAUGUAGAAAAAUAUAGAAAUAGUAAAAAAAUACAUAUUUUCUAUUUUUUCAUAUUUCAUCGAUUUUUCGUGUUUUUCAAGUCCAAAAACGAUUGGAAAUUCAUUAAAAUUCAAUGAAUCUCGUAUAUUGAGUGUUUACGCUGAAUAGUUGUCUCAUUUUUAUGAUUUUUUUUCGGGUGGGUCAACUUACAAAAUUGGUCGACAUUUCAAUAUGCACGGAAAGAAUUUCGCCAUGUAACGAUAUGUGUGAAAUGACUUCGGAUUAUGAAAAUACACGAAAAACUAGUGAAGAAAGCUUAUACUCGCUUUGCUGAUAUCUUUGAAAUUGUCUACUUGAUGAUGGUCCGAAAAAAUUUAGUUUUUAUAAAAAUGAUUUUUUUUUUUGCAAAAAAUUUUUAUGAGCCGAUCCGAGCCGUUAAAGAAGCGUAUUUACUCUUGGGAACUACUUUUAUAUCGGUUUUUGACGUUUCUAAAUCGAUUGAGACUAGCCAAAUUGACGAUUUGUCGGUAAAAAUACAAAAUCGGCGUGGUGGGUCAACUUACAAAGUGGGUCAACUUACACAUACUCCCCCUAAAUAAAACAGUAGAAUACAUUGAUGUUGGUUAAUAAUAAAAAAAAAAGUUACAGUUUUUCUAAAUACGUUACCCGGAUUAAUCGGAUAUACAUAUAACUGUAUUUCAUCAUUCACCAAGUCCACACUUAAGGCAGAACAAUUGAAUAAACCUGGGUCAAAAAUGAUGAGAAAAAAAUCCGCCAUAUAAUUGUAUAUGGUCUUCCAUAUUUGUGAAGGAAAUUUAACAUGUUUUUUUUAUAAAUUUCUACACGAUAUAUUUAUUCAUGUUUGUAGUUAUCAUAUUGCAUUUUUAAUAUGAUGUAAAAGAAAUCGAUUCCGUCCAAUUAUUAUCUAAUCAAAAUCUAUGUUGUAAGAUUUAAAAACCUUUAUGGAAUAUAAGAACUAAUAAAACCGCUAAUAAAAAAUCGAAAA